AUGGCACCAAACAACGACACAACCCGCUCAGGCAGUGAACAGAGACUGAAAAACCACAUGUCGAACGAGGCAAUGAGAGAGCCCCUGCUUUCCAACGGGAAUGGAAGAUGCGGAAGACGCCUCGCCGCCAAUGGCGACCCCGAAGCGCAAGAUUUUACAAGAUAUCAAACGCUUCCCUGCGCACGUACCCGGACUAAUGAUUCGGAUGAGAGUCAAAACUCGCGCAGCCGAAUCAACCCGAGAGUAAUAUCAGAUGCCAUAUUAGGCCUAUCGGACGGUCUUACAGUGCCCUUUGCGCUCAGCGCGGGGCUGUCAGCUUUCAAUGAUACCAAAGUUGUAGUCCUAGGAAGUCUGGCGGAGCUGGUGGCUGGGGCUAUUUCGAUGGGAUUAGGCGGUUUUGUGGGUGCGAAGAGUGAACUAGAAUCAUACGAGACCACCAAACGUGAAAUUGAAAAUCUCGUCCAAUCAUGCCCGUGCGAGACCACAACUAUGGUCCGAGAAGUAUUUGCUCCGUACAGUCUCCCUGAUCAUCCAGUUUCGGAAAUGAGUUCGACAUUGCACAGCUCGCCGCAGCAGCUGAUGGAAUUCCUCCUUGCAUUUUACCAUAAACAACCCGCACCAGAGCAAAACCAAGCUUAUGUCUCCGCUGUUACACUUGCUCUGGGAUACUUCGUCGGUGGCUUUAUACCCCUUGUUCCUUACAUUAUUUGCCAUCAGGUAAUUACCGCACUGAAGUAUAGUGUAGGCGUCAUGGGGAUAACACUGAUGGUGUUCGGGUAUAUCAAGACUUGUAUCGUGCGAGGAUGGGGAGGAAGGGAUAAUAUAUUUGCUGGUGUCAAGGGCGGAGUGCAGAUGGUUCUGGUCGGGGGAGUAGCCACGGGAGCGGCGAUAACUUUGGUUCGACUGAUCGAUAAUACGCCCCAAGGAGGUUAG